UUAGUUGUUUCACACGGACGCGCGUUUGUCGUGAUCGACGAUCGAGAAAAUCCUAGGGUUUUCCUCUCUCGCCGCCGCCGACUUAAAGUGGACAGAGGAGUAGGCGAACUAGCGCCGGGAGAGUAACAUGGGCACGCCGGAGACGUCGCGGGAGCCGUGCCCGGACCGGAUCCUGGACGACGUCGGCGGCGCGUUCGGGAUGGGCGCCGUUGGCGGCUCCGCUUAUCACUUCAUCAAGGGCAUCUACAACUCCCCCAACGGGAUGCGCCUGUCCGGAGGCGCGCAGACCGUGCGCAUGAACGCGCCGCGCGUGGGGGGCAGCUUCGCCGUCUGGGGCGGCCUCUUCUCCACCUUCGACUGCGCCAUGGUGUACGCGCGCCAGAAGGAGGACCCUUGGAACUCCAUCGUUGCGGGCGCAGCCACGGGCGGGUUCCUCUCUAUGCGCCAGGGCAUGGGGGCCGCGGGCCGGUCCGCGCUCAUGGGCGGCAUCCUGCUGGCCCUCAUCGAGGGCGCCGGACUCAUGCUCAACCGCGUCCUCGCCAACCCGCCGCUGCCCGCCGACGAUCCCAACCUUACAGCGGCCAUGGGCGGCAACCCUUUCCCGGGCCUACCGCAGGCGCCGCCGGUCGUGGCACCUCCGGAAGCGACGACCUCCAGCGGCGUGGGUGGCUUGUUCGGGGGACUGUUUGGCAGGAAGGAGGAGGAGAAGAAACCCAGCGCAGGCGGGGGCAAGUCGGAGAUCUUAGAGAGCUUCGAUACGCCCAGCAGUCCGAUACCAUCGUUCGAGUACAAGUGAGGAAAAGUGAUAGGAAAGUGCUCAGCUGGAAGUUCAGAAUUUCCUGGCGUUGGGUUAUCAAUUAUUUGGCUGGAUUGAGGCUGAUUUUCCUGAAACUAGCGAUAUUUCUGUUAGACGCAAGACUGUUUGUGCUUGUUUGAUUCAAAGCAAACUGCUGUGUUGCGCCUUUCAUUCUUAAUUACCUCACCGAUGAUGUGCUGGUGAUGUGACAUGCAACAUGUGCAUGCUAAGUAGUAAUAGAUGUUCCUGUACGCCAUUAUCUUGUUUUUUUUUCACAGUUGGAUUGUGGCAACACGAUCCAGAGCUCCUCAUGAGCUAAGGUGUUUCUAAUUCGCAGGUUGGCUGACGCCACUGUUGCUUGCUUGGUAUUGCAAUGUGGUGGUGGUGGUGGUCUGGAAUUAGUGAAUUGCAUGUCAGCGAUACAAUAACACAGACAGGACAGGAGAUGGAUUGUUUGAUAAAUUUAUUCCUGCGCCGGUCU